AUGGUACUCUCUCCUGCUGGUAGAUUACUCUGCGCGUUGGGUUCUGGUGUAAGUGAACCAAUAUUAGUUGUUACUCCCAUGGAAACAAUUAAAGUAAAAUUUAUUAUUGAUCAAAGAUCGGCAGCACCACGAUUCAAAGGAUUAAUUCCUGGUGUAGGUACGAUUAUUAAAGAAGGUUUGGGUGGUACAUACAAAGGAUUAACGGCGACUGUAUUAAGAAAAGGAACUAAUCAAGCUACACGGUUUUUGAUAAUGGAAACUUUUAAGGAUCAUUACAGAGGUGGAGAUAUCACCGUUAUAAUUCCAAAACCUAUUAUCGGUAUCUUCGGAGCUUUUGCCGGCCUUUGUUCUGUAAGUGCUAACAAUCCAAUCGACGUCGUUAAAACAAGAAUACAAGGUUUGGAAGCAAAGAAAUACAAAAACGCAUGGGACUGCACAGUAAGAGCUUUUACAAAUUAA